GCUGAGAGUGACGACGACCAAGAGUCCGGCCGUCUGCCUCGGUUGGCCGGCGCGGCCAUGGCGAGCGCCAAGACGAAGCUGCGGCUGCAGGAGAGGGUCCCGCUCCCACGCACCGCGUGGAAGCUGGCUGACCUUGCCGUUCUCUUCCUGCUCCUGGCCCUCCUCGCUCGCCGUGCGUCCUCGCUGGUGGCGGCUGGCGGUGCCGGCGCGGCGCCGGCGUGCACCUGGUGCUGGGUCGCCGCGCUCAUCUGCGAGGCAUGGUUCACGGUGGUGUGGCUCCUCAACAUGAACGCCAAGUGGAACCCGGUCCGCUUCGACACGCACCCUGAACGCCUCGCCGAACGGUGACUGCCGGCGGUGGACAUGUUCGUGACGACGGCGGACCCGAAGCUGGAGCCGCCGCUGGUGACGGUGAACACGGUGCUGUCGCUGCUGGCGCUGGACUACCCCGCGGGCAAGCUGUCGUGCUACGUCUCCGACGACGGGUGCUCGGCGGUGACCUGCUACGCGCUGCGCGAGGCCGCCGAGUUCGCCAAGCUCUGGGUGCCCUUCUGCAAGAAGCACGGCGUCAAGGUCAGGGCCCCCUUCGUCUACUUCUCCGAGCGUGGCGGGGCCGCAGCCGACGACGACGACGACGUUGUUGAGUUCUUGCGCGCUUGGACGUCCAUGAAGAACGAGUACGAGGAGUUGGUACGCCGGAUCGAGAACGCCGAAGAGUACUCUUUAGUCCGGCGUGCCGACGGCGAGUUCGCCGAGUUCGUGGGUGCUGACCGCAGGAAUCACCCGACCAUAAUCAAGGUGCUCUGGGACAGCAGCAAUCAGGAUGCUGCAGGCGAUGGGAUCCCAAGCCUCGUAUACGUCUCCAGGGAGAAGAGCCCCACACAGAACCACCACUUCAAGGCCGGAGCCAUGAACGUCCUGACGAGGGUGUCCGGCGUGGUGACCAACGCUCCCAUCAUGCUGAACGUGGACUGCGACAUGUUUGCAAACAACCCGCAGGUGGCUCUCCACGCCAUGUGCCUUCUCCUGGGCUUCGAUGACGACGUCCACAGCGGCUUCGUCCAGGCGCCGCAGAAGUUCUACGGCGCCCUCAAGGACGACCCUUUCGGGAACCAGCUGCAGGUCAUAUUCGAGAAAGUUGUAUCCGGAGUUGCCGGAAUUCAAGGCAUAUAUUACUGUGGGACGGGUUGCUUUCACCGUAGGAAAGUCAUGUACGGCGUGCCACCAGACAACGCCGCCGCCACCACCACCACAGAUUCACCGUCUUACAAGGAGCUACAGAACAGGUUUGGCAGAUCGAAUGAACUGAUCGAGUCAGCGAGGAGCAUCAUUUCAGGGGACAUGUUCAGAAUCAGAACACCAACUGUGGUGGUGCCAGACCUAACGAGUCGCAUCGAAGCAGCCAAACAAGUCUCUGCCUGCAGCUACGAGACCGGCACGAGCUGGGGUCAGGAGGUUGGCUGGGUCUACGGGUCCAUGACCGAGGACGUUCUGACCGGGCAGCGCAUCCAUGCCGCUGGCUGGAGGUCGGCGAUCCUCAACCCUGACCCGCCGGCGUUCCUCGGCGGUGCGCCCACCGGCGGGCCGGCAAGCCUCACCCAGUACAAGAGAUGGGCGACGGGCCUGCUGGAGAUACUCCUCAGCCGCCAUAACCCUAUCCUCCUCUCCGCGUUCAAGCGCCUCGAUUUCCGGCAGUGCGUCGCCUACCUAGUCAUUGACGUGUGGCCCGUCAGGGCACCUUUUGAGGUGUGCUACGCAUUGCUCGGACCUUACUGCAUCAUCGCAAACCACUCCUUCCUGCCAAAGGCGUCAGAACCGGGUUUCCUCAUCCUGCUGGUCCUGUUCCUAGGUUACAACGUGUACAACUUGGGUGAGUACAAGGACUGCCGGCUCUCGGUGCGCGCCUGGUGGAACAACCACAGGAUGCAGCGGAUCGUGUCGUCCUCCGCCUGGCUGCUCGCGUUCCUCACCGUCGUCCUCAAGACGCUCGGCCUCUCGGAGACGGUGUUCGAGGUGACGCGCAAGGAGCAGAAGAGCUCGUCUGAUGGUGGUGCGGACGCCGACGACGCCGACCCGGGGCGGUUCACCUUUGACUCGUCGCCGGUGUUCGUCCCGCCGACAGCGCUCACGAUGCUGAGCAUCGUCGCCGUCGCCGUUGGAGCGUGGAGGCUGGUCGCCGGUGCGGGGGAAGAAGGCGUGUCCGGCGGCUCGGGCGUCGGGGAGCUCGUGUGCUGCGGCUGGCUGGUGCUCUGCUUCUGGCCGUUCGUGAGGGGGCUGGUCGGCGGCAGGGGGAGCUACAGCAUCCCCUGGAGCGUAAGGCUGAAGGCUGCCCUGCUCGUGGCCGCGUUCGUGCACUUGUCCACACGGAAGUAACUUUCGCCGGCGUCGUCAGAAUAUGCAUUAUGCAUGCAAUGGUUGAUGUGACGGGAAUCAAUCAACCGGGAAACAUGUCCAUGCUUGAAUCUUGUUAGAUCCUUAAUUAUAUUAUCAUUGAUACGCCAAAACCUACUUAAGGGCUUAGAUGCACCAACGGCGACUGGUAUCUAGCUAGCCUUGCUGCCCUGAACGUUCGAACAAGUCUAUGAGUCUGUGAUCCUACUACUAUAACUGUAGGCGGGUAUUAGGAUAAUAGUAUAGUCUAGCUUCUUGUACACAAGAAGUUUUACUUUAGUUGUACUACAAGUUGUACUUUCUUUGUACAUGGCUAUAUAUAUAUGAAAGGCA